AUGUUUGGUUUUAAGAAACCUAGUAUAACACGUCAAGAUUCUUCACCAAAUACAAAUGCCGGUACAGGUGCUGAUAAUCGUUCAAUAUAUUCACAAUCUUCUUCAAUAGCUGGGUCAAGUCAAAAUUUACCUAUUGGUGAACAUCAAAAUCAUCCAAAAUCUGCAUUUAGUCAAUUUUUCACUGGUUCAAGUAAUAAUAAAGAAGAACAAGAUGAAAGAAAUAGACGAUAUCGAGAAAGGAAAACUCAAAAUGAUUUGAUUAAAGAUCGUUAUAAACAAGAUUCUAUAAAAUGGUUCUCAUUAAGAAAAUUAAGUGAUGUAUCAAAAGAAAAUGAUUCAUUAACUUAUUCCCCGGCAAGAUUAAAUUCUUUUUUACAAUUUUAUGAUACUUAUAUUCAACAAAAUUCAAUAGAAAAUAUGAGAAAUGUUAUAAAUUUAGUUGAUUUUUGGUCAAUAAGUGCAAUUAAAUAUCUUUCUGGAGUUGAUCAAUUAAUUAGAAAAAAUUUAGUUGCAAGAUAUUCAAAUUCUGACUUAAGAGAAGAUCAAAAAUUAAAAAUUUUGAAAAUUCAUGGUGAUUAUUUUGGUAUAUCUUGGUCUUGGUUAUUAGCUAUGGAUAAUUGGAGUUGUGAUAUUUAUUCUUUAACAACUACUCCAAUAACUCAUACAAAUUAUAGUGAAUCUAAAUCAAAUAUUGGUCCAAAAAAUCAUCAUGUUGUUCAUGGGAAAUCAUUAUCAACAAUGCCUUUUAAGAAAAAUUCAUAUCCUUUAGCUAUUGCUUAUGAAUUAUGGUUUCAAUUGAAAAUUGAUGAAUGGAACCCAGUAUUAACAGAUUUACACAGAGUUAUAAGUCCAAGUGGUUAUUUAAAUAUGUUUUUAAUGGAUUAUACCAUUAUAAAUUGUAAAAAUGAAUUAUACAAUGAAUUUUUCAAAAAAUUACAAAAAAUUGUUAUAAAUGAAGGUAUGGAUCCAUUCCCAUGUAAAAAUAUAUUAAAAAGAACAAAAGAGGCAGGAUUUAUUGAUGUUAAAUAUUCAUUAAUCUCUAUAAAAAAGGGAAUACCAAAUAGAAUGGGGAAUUUAAUGGAAUUUAUUCAAAGUUUUUUCGAAUUAGCAAUGUUUUCAAAAUUUGCAAGAGAUAAAUUUUCUCAAAACGAUUUACAAUUAUUUAAAGAAUUAAGAUUACAAUAUAAUCAAGAUGUUAAAAAUGGGAAACUUUUAGAUGAAUUUGGUGAUAGUUAUUUAAUGUUUGUUACUGCUAAAAAAAGUUCAAAUGCUGAGUAA